GAAUGAGAUUCACAAAAUUUUCUCACUAUUCUGGCAGUCGGCCAUCACCAGCAUCUCUAUCCCUCUAUCCAAUAUCCAUGGCUUCCUCUGCCAAGCUCAUUUCCCUCCUCUUCUUUCUUGCUCUCUUAUCCUCUCUUCGCGCCCACGCCAGAGAGAGCAAAUUUUUCAGCAAAGCCACCGCCGCCGCCACCAAUGCCAAUGAGAGCACCGCCGCGGAAGUGAUCCCCAACAAAGAGCAAGAAGCUUUGAGCAAGCAAGGGCAAGAACCAAGCUUUAUCCCGGAUACCCAAAAUGGCUACGGCCUCUACGGCCAUGAGCCCGAACAGCUUCCUCCCACGACCGCCGCCGCCACCACCACCUCCACCAACAACAACAACGAGAACUACUACAACAAUGGCGCUAGCAACUACAAUACCCAGAAACAAGGGAUGAGCGACACGAGGUUUUUGGAGAAUGGGAAAUAUUUCUAUGACAUGAACAGCGAGAAGAACUAUAAUCCAAAUGGGUUUCAGAAAUCAAGAGGAGUAGUUGAUUACAGCAGCAGCAACAACAACUUCUACAAUGGCGGCGCCAACGGCUUCAAUACCCAGCAACACGGCUUGGCUGACACGCAGCUGAUGGGGGGAGGCUACACCGCCGCCGGAGCCGACGCCGCCACCAACAGGUACUAUAACACCCAGAAACAGGGGAUGAGUGACACGAGAUUUUUGGAGAACGGCAAGUACUACUACGACAUUAAUGGCGAGAAAACGAGAGCUGUUGAUGAGUACAAUAAGAAUAACAACUACAACUACCACAAUGGUGGCAACGGCUACAACUCUCAGCGACAACAACAAGACUUCACCAACAGCGACAUCUAUAACGCCGGCGGAGACCACUAUGGCGAGCCGCAGGGCAUGAGCGACACAAGAUUCAUGGAGAAUGGGAAGUACUAUUAUGACCCUAAUGGUGAGAGCUCAAGAGGGGUUGAAUAUUCCAACAGGAAGGGCUAUUAUGGGAACAAUGGGAAUACUUAUGAGUACCGCAACUCCAUGGAAGGGUACCAGAACCAGCAGGAGGAGUUCCAGGAGGGUGAAGAAGAAGAGUAUGUGCCCUGAGCUUCUGCGAUUAAUAUUCUAAGUGAUGUUCAAUGUUUUAUCGAUCAUAUGGUUUGAUAUAUAGGAUUAUUCUAAGUUGUUGUCCGAGUAUAGAUUAAUUUAAGGCUUGGAUUGUGUUUAAUUUGCUUGCAUGGUCUUCAUGCUUUGAAAAGGCGAAGUAUGAUGCUUGAGAAAUGGUUAAUUUUUCUACUUCAUUAA